AUGGAGGCCCAAGAGCUGCCGGCACUGGCACUGGAGGUACUCGAGCUGGCGGCACUGGCGGUGGAGGCACUGGAGCUAGGGGUACUGGCACUGGAGGCGCUGGUGCUGGAGGUGCUGGAGCUAGAGGCGCUCGAGCUGGAGGCGCUAGAGGUGGAGGCCCUCGAGCUGGAGGCACUGACGCUGGAGGUACUGGAGUUGGAGGCACUGGUGGCACUGGGGUUGCUAGUCCUGGAGGCACUGGUGCUGGUGGCACUAUGGAGCCUCUCUCCCCGCAGCAGCUGCGCGAGUGGUUCGCUCGGCGCACCCACCUUCGGAGUCGCACUACUACAGCUAGAGGCGCUAGAGCUGGAGGCACUGGGGCUGGAGGCGCUGGAGCUGGAGGCACUUGCGCUCGAGGCACUGGACCUGGAGACGCUGGAGCAGGAGGCGCUGGCGCUGGAGGAGCUGGAGCUGGUAGCGCUGGAGCUGGAGGCGCUGGCGCUGGAGGCGCUGGAGCUGGAGCUGCUGGCGCUAGAGGCGCUAGAGCUGGCGGCACUGGGACUGGAGACGCUGGUGCUGGAGGCGCUGGAGCUGGUGGCGCUGGAGCUGGAGCUGGUGGCGCUGGAGACCCUGGAGCUCGAGGUACUAGUGCUGGAGACACUGGAGCUGGUGGCGUUGGAGCUGGAGGUGCUAGCGCUGGAGACCCUGGAGCUGGAGCCAGCCUCCCUUACGGUGCGUCAUGAGCCUGCGUCUCGUCCUGCCUCCCCUGUUCGCACUGUUCGUCGUGCUCGUCGUGUCCCUCGUCCGCGUCCUCCUCCUGUGCCAGGUACUCACACUAUGGCACUUCGUCCUUCCUCUAUUCCGCAACGGGUCCAUCUGCCGUCUCCUCCUGCGUCCUCUCUUCCUGACAUUCCUGACCCUGAGUCUGACUUGGUCCGUGCUACCAGUCCUACUGUCACGCGUCUCCUGGCCACUGUCGUCACUGACCCGUCGUUUGAGUCUACUGCUGCGUUUGCCUUAGUUGCUGAGCUUGUGGACUUUGCUGCUGCGUGUCGUCUCGACUACGCUGCUAGUCUUGUUGCUGAGUCUGAGCCUGUCUGUCCUCCGUCUGUCGGGGGUGAGUGUGCUCUUGGCACGGACGUCCUUGAGGACAGGCAGGAGGACUUUGAGUGUCUUGCGGCUGCUGUACCUCAUCUCGUGGCCUGGCUGCUUGCACCUGAAAUAAACCCGGAUGCACUGGACAUCUCGACCCCGCGCUCUUACGCAGAGGCAAUUUCGAGUCCCUACUCCUCUCAGUGGCAGACAGCCAUGGACGUAGAGAUGGCAUCCUGGAAGUCCACAGGCACUUACGUCGACGAAGUUCCCCCUCCUGGGGAAACAUACAUCAUCGAUGGCAUGUGGAUUUUCAGGGGAGUUGACUUCUUCCAGACCUUCUCCCCUACCCCAAAGAUGACCACUCUUCGGGUGCUACUGCACGUUGCCGCUCAGCAUGACUACGAGCUUCACUCUCUUGACUUCAGCACAACUUUCUUACAGGGCAGCCUGCACGAGGAGAUCUGGCUGCGCCGCCCACUUGGCUUCACUGGGUCGUUUCCUGCAGGUACCCAGUGGAGCCUCCAGCGGCCAGUCUACGGUCUCCGUCAGGCGCCUCGUGAGUGGCACGACAGACUGAGGACGACGCUUGCGGCUCUCGGGUUUGCUCCUUCGACUGCUGACCCGUCGCUGUUUCUGCGCACAGACACUUCGCUGCCGCCGUUUUACAUCCUCGUGUACGUCGACGACUUGGUUUUUGCCACUGCUGUCAAUGAGGCACUGGCCCUUGUGAAGUCGGAGCUACAGAAGAGACACACGUGCACAGACCUGGGCAUGGGGCUGGUGCUUGGAGGACAGGGUCGAGUUGUCCUCACUGGACACUCAGACGCCUCUUGGGUUGACGACCUGGCUACGCAGCGGUCGUCUCAGGGUUACACCUUCAGCCUUGGUUCCGGCAAUGUUUCUUGGCGGUCUACUCGUUCUUCUGUUCUCAGCUCCAGUUGUGAGGCUAAGAUCUACGCAGGAGCCAUGGCUGCACAGGAGUUAUGCUGGCUCACCUACCUGCUGACUGACUUGGGAGAGCGGCCUAGUUCUCCUCCAGUUCUGUACGUAGACAACAAGGCUGCUAUCGCCUUGGGUCAGGUGCACACACUGGAGCACAGAACGAAGCACAUCGCUCUACGCUACUUCCUUGCUCGAAAGUUGCAGCAGCGUGGUCAGCUUCAUCUUGCUUACGUGGCCACCCGGGCCAACACAGCUGAUAUCUUCACCAAGGCACUUCCGCCUGGUGAUCAUCAGCGUCUGUGUACUGCUUUAGGCCUUGUGCCUACGUUUGCUCACUUGCUCACUGCGUGA